AAAUGUGAAAAAUUCAAUUUGCCAAAAAUCUCGUGGGAAUUCAAAAUGGCGCGCGGGGAGGAAGCGGGAAAGAUAAUUACCAAAAUGGCGGCAAACGUAUUCCUCAUUAACCCUCUCUCCUCUUCCAUUUUGAAUGUCACUUCCAUCUAAUUUCUGGUUCUAGGGUUUUCGAGAUGUUUUCCAGCAGCCAAUUCGAUGUAACUUCCGCCUUCUCCGGCGGCGGAUUCAUGUCCUCCCAGUCAACUCAGCUCCCCGAUUCGGCUCCAUCUCCUGCAAAAAGUCGCGAUUCUCAGGGUUUGGUUCCGGUGACAGUGAAGCAGAUAAGUCAAGCUUCUCAAUCUGGUGAUGAAAAGUCAAACUUUGUUAUCGAUGGCGUGGAUGUUACCAAUGUUACGGUGGUCGGGAUGGUGUUUGAUAAGGCUGAAAAGGUUACCGAUGUUGGCUUCACUGUAGAUGAUGGAACGGGCCGAAUUGGUUGUAGAAGAUGGAUGAAUGAGAAUUUUGAUAGCGCCGAAAUGCAGAUAAUACAAGAUGGGAUGUAUGUUCGAAUUAAUGGGCACUUGAGAAGUUUCCAAGGUGUAAGGCAAUUACUUGCUUUCUCUGUGAGGCCUGUAACAAACUUUGAUGAGGUUACUUUCCAUUUCAUUGACUGCAUACAUACCCAUUUGCAGAAUUCCAAAUUGCAGUUGAAGCUGCAAGGGGUUGCUUCAAAUCAGGCUCAGAUGGUAGAAUCAUCUGUGACCACACCUGUGCGCAGUGGAUCAAAUGGAAAUCAGACAUCAACAUCUAUCCAAAUCUCCAAGCAAUUUAGUGUAGAUGGACUAAAGGAUUGUGAUCAGCUGGUCCUUGAAUAUUUGCAACAAUCUUCAAGCAUGGGACAGGAAAAAGGCACACACAUGGAUGAAAUUUGCCAGCAGCUGAAACUUCCUAUGGAGAAGAUAAAGGGAUCCAUUAGAUCGCUUGAAGAUGAAGGCCUGAUUUACUCAACAAUUGAUGAAUUUCACUACAAAUCAACCUGACAAAAUUGUUAAAUGUCGCCUGGGCUAUGGCUGCGGGGACAUAAUUUGUAUCAUGAAUAGGAUCAGCACGAUUACUGGUGAAACAUUGUAGAUAUUUAUCAGAUCCAUGAAUUAUAAGCCGAUGUUAUGUUAUGUCUUGACAUUUCCGAUCGUGGAAUCAAGAGUCCCGAGUUUAACGUUUUGCUAUGGUACAUGGAGCGUUACUUUGUGAAA